UCAAGAAAAAGUAUACGUCAAAAGCACAGCAACAAACGAACAGCGCAAUCCAAAGCCGAGGAAAGAGUAGUGCGAAAUGGCGGCUGCUGCUUUUGCACCGGUCAUUCCUCUCCGGUUCAAAUCCUACUGUACACUCCGUUUCCUUUCCUUCUAUUCCCAAACCCUAACAACGCCUCGCCUUUUCCCGCCACUUCCUCGCCGACCCUUCCCCUUAACCAUUCCUCGUAAACGAUGCUUCCGCCCCGUUAUUUCCCCUGCGCUGCAGUCUGGAGAAAGGGCAAAAAUAGAAUUCCUAGAAAAGAAAGUCGGUGAAACUGGGACUACAGUCAGCGAGUUCAGGCAGAAAUUGAAAAUCGCCCACAUAAAAGGAGGACCCGAUGAAGGUUUGGAUCGGGUCGGGCAGACUCUAGUGGUUAUGGGUUGGGUUCGGACUCUCCGGGUUCAAAGCAGCGUUACAUUCCUUGAAGUAAAUGAUGGUUCAUGCCUUUCAAAUAUGCAAUGCGUGAUGAAUUCAGAUGCUGAAGGUUACGAUCAGGUGGAAUCUGGCUUGAUUGCAACUGGUGCAUCCAUAUGGGUGCAAGGAAUUUUGGUGGCUAGCCAAGGAUCAAAGCAGAAAGUGGAAUUGAAGGUUGACAAAGUUGUUGUGGUACGUUAGACUUGCCCUCUUAUCUUGUUGAAGUUGAUUAUUGUGAAAUGUAGUAGUUUAUCCAUCUAUUUUGCCUUGAGAAUUCACUCAAAUGGUCUACAUCAACAAACUGUCGAAGUUGCUUUGUGGAAUCUGAAAAUUAUUAUUCCUUUGGACUUAAAUUUAGUAGA